CCGUUAAUUCCUUUUUCAAAACAAAUACCUUUGUGUUCAUUCAUCACACAGAGACAAAGAGCCCCAAAUUUUUCACUCUCUUCACUCGACUAGUGUCACUAUUUCUGCGUCAAUUCCUCACACCCUUUUCGAUUUCAUGCUCUUCUAAGAUCUUCCUUUUGGAAAUCUUCAACUUUUUUUUGUGGGUGUUUCUUUGAUUUUUCAUCCAUUAUCAAGAAAAUGAAGGUUUCUGAGGAGAACAGUUCUAUCCCAAAUUUUCAAGGAGGGUUAGAUGCUAAAAAGGUUGGGCAAAACAGAAGGGUGUUGGGAGUGAUUAAUCAGAAUCUGGUUGUGGAAGGGAGACCGUAUCCAUGUGUUGUUAACAAAAGGGCAUUAUCAGAAAGAAAUGAGGUUUGUGAGAAGAAGCAAGCGGAUCCAGGGCAUCGACCCAUUACUAGGAGGUUUGCUGCAAAAAAUGCUGGCACACAGAAAUCUAAAGCUGAGGGAACUACCAAAAGGUCAAAUUUGGGAAAUUCAAAUGGAUUUGCAGAUAGUAUAUUUGUUGAUGAUGAACACAAGCUGGCGGAAGAUCAGCCAGUGCCAAUGGCUUUAGAGCAAAUAGAACAGAUGCUUAGUGAAUCAGAUCAGAUGGAGGAAGUUGAGAUGGAGGAUAUAAUGGAAGAGCCUGUUUUGGACAUUGACAUCUCUGAUGCAGAUAACCCUCUCGCGGUUACUGAAUAUAUUGAAGAUCUUUAUUCUUUCUACAGGAAAGUUGAGAGUACUGGCUGUGUCUCACCAAAUUAUAUGGCACAACAAUUUGACAUUAAUGAAAGGAUGAGGGCCAUACUCAUUGACUGGCUUAUUGAGGUGCAUGACAAAUUCGACCUCAUGCAUGAGACACUGUUUCUUACAGUUAAUCUGAUAGACAGAUUUUUGGAAAAGCAUACAGUGGUAAGAAAGAAGCUUCAGUUGGUUGGUCUAGUGGCAAUGCUUUUGGCAUGCAAGUAUGAAGAAGUUUCUGUGCCUGUGGUCGGCGAUCUAAUUCUUAUAUCAGACAGAGCAUACAACCGGAAAGAAGUUCUGGAAAUGGAGAAGGUGAUGGUCAACGCAUUGAAGUUUAACAUAUCUGUGCCAACAGCAUAUGUUUUCAUGAAAAGGUUUCUGAAGGCAGCUCAAGCAGACAGAAAACUUGAGCUGCUAGCUUUCUUCUUGGUAGAGCUAUCUCUAGUAGAAUAUGCGAUGUUGAAGUUCCCUCCUUCUCAACUUGCUGCAGCUGCUGUCUAUACAGCUCAAUGCACUAUCUUUGGUGUCAAACUGUGGAAUAAGACGUGUGAAUGGCACACCAACUACUCAGAAGAUCAACUAUUAGAGUGCUCUAGUUUAAUGGUUGAUUUUCACAAGAAGGCUGGGACAGGGAAACUUACAGGGGCACAUAGGAAGUAUUGCACAUCCAAGUUUAGCUUUACUGCAAAAUGUGAACCAGCAACUUUUCUUCUGCAAAAUGAUAAUGAGAACAACCUGUAGCAGCUUAGCUACAUGAUUGAGUUACAAACAUUUAACUUUCAUAAUCGGGUUUAAGAAUGUAAGCAACUUGGGUUGCAAUGGGAAUGGGAAAUUAACAACAUUUUGAGGAUUCUGAAAUCCUCUCACUAAGUGAUUUACAUACUUGUUCUCUAGUUAUUUCUCUGUAAUGUUCUGACUGAACAUAGUUCACAUUUACAACAACUGUAUUUCUCAUGUUCCCAUUGAACAUAAUAAUGGAAUAUAUAGCAAAUUUUCAAUAAUUUUCAAA